ACCCUGACUUCUGCAGGCAACACUAACUUGACCAACUAACCCACUACACAACUGACCCAGUUCAGAGGGUUUGAGAAAUUGUAGCCUUUUUUCUCAGUUCAGAGGGUUUGAGCCUGAAUUGAGAGAGCUAUGGAUAUGGAAGGCACGCCGAGUCUCCAUGGAUACUACAUGCCUGCAGAGUGGGAACCUCAUUCACAGUGCUGGAUUGGAUGGCCUGAGCGCCCAGAUAACUGGAGAAACAAUGCAGUGCCUGGUCAGUUGGUGUUUGCAAGGGUAGCAUCUGCAAUCUCAAAGUUUGAGCCUGUCACCGUGUGUGCCAGUGGUGCUCAGUGGGCAAAUGCACGAAGUCAGCUACCAGAAAAUGUCAGGGUUGUCGAGAUGAGUUUGAAUGAUUCUUGGUUUCGUGAUACAGGCCCGACGAUUGUCAUAGGAAGAAGUGCAUCAUGUUCUCAGCCAGAGCCAAAGGUUGCUGGCAUUGAUUGGAAUUUUAACAGUUGGGGAGGUGUUGAUGAUGGUUGUUAUCCAGACUGGAGUCAUGACCUCCUUGUGGCACGGAAGAUUCUGGCAAUUGAGAAGCUUCCAAGGUUUCCACAUACCAUGAUUCUCGAAGGUGGAAGCAUCCAUGUAGAUGGAGAAGGGACUUGCCUCACUACUGAGGAGUGCCUCCUAAAUAAAAACAGGAACCCUAAUUUGACCAAGGAGCAAAUAGAGGAUCAACUUAAGGCAUAUCUUGGAGUGACGAAGAUUAUUUGGUUGCCUCGUGGAUUAUAUGGAGAUGAUGAUACUAAUGGUCACAUCGACAAUAUGUGCUGUUUUGUGAAGCCUGGUGUGGUUUUGUUGUCCUGGACUGAUGAUGAAACAGAUCCUCAGUAUGAACGAGCUGUAGAAGCCCUUUCCGUCCUCAGCAAUACUACUGAUGCCAAGGGUAGAAAGUUGGAAGUGAUUAAGCUUCAUGUGCCAGGCCCACUAUACAUGACAGAGGAAGAGGCUGCUGGAGUUUCUCAGGACGAUGCUAAACCGAGACUUGCAGGCACAAGACUUGCAGCUUCUUAUGUGAAUUUCUACAUUGCCAAUGGAGCAAUCAUUGCACCACAAUUUGGGGACCAGAAAUGGGACGAUGAGGCUGUUCGUGUCCUAUCGAAAGCCUUUCCGAACCAUGAAGUGGUGAGAAUUGAAGGUGCUAGGGAGAUUGUUCUAGCGGGUGGAAACAUACACUGCAUAACUCAGCAACAACCGCGCGGUAUUGUCCAACCAUGAUGACAUUGGUGCAGGCAGCAUAGCGAAGACAUAAAUUUCAUCGCUCACUUUAUCGGUUCCAUUUGUUUCGGAUCCAGGGCACUCGCAAGCAGAGAUGGAAAGUCUCCAAUUUAUGCAGGCAUUGUUGCAACAGAGACCAGAGAUUUUGCGAUAGAGCUAGUUAAUUGAGUUUCAGUGGGUAAUUGUUAACGAAAUCUAGGUUUAUCAAGUUGCAUAAUGUUUUUGCAGAAACAGCUGAACGUAUCUUUGGUCUGAUACACUUGCGUUUUAGGUUAACUUGAGCAGGUUCUCUUAUAACUGAAAAUCCAAUUCCUUCUCACUUUUUGAGUUUUCUCAUGCAA